UAAUUAGUUGUCUGUGAUCGUCCAAAAAGAGCCAAAUGCACGCUCCGAUGAUCCCGUCGCAGAUUUCUGGUUUUCUGAAACUUUCGUUAGAUUUUUAAUCUAUAUCGAUAAUCGAGCAACGCCGUUCCAAAAAAGAAAGAAAAAACAUUGGCAAGAUAUAAAAGGAGUCUUUUCGAUUCCCUCAUUUUCCUCUUCUCUCUCUGCAGAAGGCAAAAAGCUAGAACCAGAGUUUUUCCUGGUGCUAUUGUGUUUUCUUUUUCGCUUAGAAAAGCGUACUACUUUGUAAAUUGGAGGGACAUCGUCACCGAGCAAACCCACGUACAAUUUCCAAUUUAAGGUACUGUCUUCCCAAGCAAAAGCGAUCAAAUCUCAGUCUGCCUUUUUCGCAAUCUUAGCUGGCUUUGAGGAGACACUUUUGAUCUCAGAAUUGUUAGAGCAAGCAGAGCCAGAAUCAACUUUCUGAGCAGCUAUACCAAUUUGUUAUUAUUAAGUUCCUCUGUGCAUAGAAAAUAUUCUCCAUGUGAUCCCAUAACAUGUGAAUCCAGAGUAGUUUCUUGCUGAUUUCCCCCCAAAAAAAUGUCGGUUAGGUCGUAUUCCAUUUUCAAGUCUUGAAAAUGGAAGUUAAAGAUCCGGAGAGGAUGGUUAUAGCUAAACCUGUUGCUUCAAGACCUUCUUGUUCCAGUUUCAGGUCCUUCUCAGAGCUUCUUGCAGGUGCAAUUAAUGCCUCACCCCCUGGUGCAUAUACUGAAACAGUAGUUGCUGCCAUUAGACCCAAGACAGUGAGAUUCAAGCCAGUGGCAAAUCAUGAUCCGGAUGGGAUGAUUUCAUCCCAGGGUGAGAUAUCUGGAACGGCAGCUUAUUCAUCUGAAAAGGUCUCAAAACCAGACUGCAAAUCUACUGUAGUAUACAAACCCUUGGCAAAAUUUGUUUCAAGGAGAACUGCCUCUCUGUUGGCAAAUUUGGGAAAUUUUGGUAUUAGUCACCAACAAACCCUAGUUCAACAUGGAGACAAAACCAAGCAGCCUUCACAAAACCAUCUUACCUCAAAUCCUAAUGGGAAAUUGCCACCAGAGUUGGAAAAACAGAUAAUUGAGCCCUCAAAGAUGGCUACACAGAGCUUGGAAGAGUGUCAGAGGGCUGUACCUGCAACAACUAGUGGGGACCGGCCUUCUUAUGAUGGGUAUAAUUGGAGAAAGUAUGGGCAAAAGCAAGUGAAAGGUAGCGAGUACCCAAGAAGUUAUUACAAGUGUACACACCCAAAUUGCGCUGUGAAGAAGAAGGUUGAGAGAUCAUUUGAUGGACAGAUUGCAGAAGUUGUAUACAAGGGUGAACAUAAUCAUCCAAAGCCUCAACCUCCUAAAGGCCACUCAUCAGGGGCACAAGGGAAAGAAUUUGUUUCUGAUGGGAUUGGCCAAGACACUAGCUAUCAUUACACCCAUAAUGAAAGGACAGGAGGGUCUGAAGAAAGAGUUGAAAACCAGAAUCAAGUGGGAUUCCCAGUUCAUCUUACUUGCCCUGGAAAAUCUAUAACCACCUGUGAUCCUGGUAAUAGUGGUCAUGAGACUCCUGAUAAUUCUUGUGGUCUUAGUGGGGGUUGCGAGGAAGGAAGCAAAGGAAUGGGUGCAGUGGACAAUGAACUAAGAUGUAAGCGAAGGAAGACUGAAUCCCAAUCCAAUGAAGUAGGUAUAUCACGGGGAAGUGCACAAGAUCCUCAUGUUCUGGUCCAAAAUUCCACAGAUUCUGAUAUCUUAGGUGAUGGUUUUCGCUGGAGAAAAUAUGGGCAAAAGGUUGUGAAGGGAAAUCCAUAUCCUAGAAGUUACUACAGAUGCACUAGUCUCAAAUGCAAUGCACGCAAGUAUGUUGAAAGGGCAUCGGAUGAUCCAAAAGCUUUUAUCACCACAUAUGAGGGAAAACAUAACCAUGCCAUGCCUAUCACCAGGAAUCUGAAUUCAGCAGUUUCUGACCUGGAUCUAUUGCCUUCUACUAACAAAAAGCCAUGAUUUAUUCAGAAAAAUGAUAUAAAUUAGCACUCAGUGAUCUAACUUGCAAGGUCAUAUAAUGAAGUAUAUGAAGGCAUAAAAAUUUAAGGUUUUCAUACAACAUGGCUUUCUUAUGUAUGUUGAAUAAAUGUCUCCAUCCAUAUGUUCACCAUAUAUCCUGUUUUAUUCAGUAUCAUAAUAUAUUUGUUAUUUUAUAUUUUCUUUUUUUUUCUCUCUCUCUCUUUAAUGCAGUCAGAUUUGUUUGAAUGGUAAAUUCAUCAAAUCAAUGAAAUAUUUUUGCUGAAUGCCCCUA